AUGGGUGUGGAAAGGCGCGGCAACGCGCCCAAGUUCAUGGGAGUGUCGCUCCGGAGUCUCUCAUUGAGCACGUUGACAGUCCAGUUCUCGACCUUCAUUUUGCUCCUCCAUUAUUCCCGGGUUAUGCCUACUACGGAUGGACAUCGCUAUCUUCCAUCAACGGCCGUCUUCCUCGUCGAAGCCCUUAAAUUGGCAGUGUGCCUGACGAUAUCGCUCUACGAAGUCUCCCUCUCAGUUCCCCGUUCCAUGCCUGCGACUUCGCUCCUUGGGACGUUAGGUAGCGCCAUUUUCGCCGGUGACAGUUGGAAGAUGGCCUUUCCUGCUGGAUUAUACACGCUGGCGAACAGCCUGCAGUACAUUGCAAUCUCUAAUCUGGACGCCGCGACCUUUCACGUCACAUACCAAUUAAAGAUCUUUGUGACGGCAAUCCUGAGCGUCUGGCUUCUGCGGAGAACCAUCUCGGGGAGACAGUGGCUGUCUCUGAUCCUGCUCAUGCUGGGAGUUGCAACUGUCUCUCUUCCCCAUGGUUCGUCGGGAUCCCUGGCUUCAAGCCACCAUACCAGAAUCUACCUUCCACGGUCAUCCAACCCCCUGCGAGAACACUUCCGAAUGGCUGAGCCUGGUUCCCACCUCAGGAAGAGAUCAGCAACGUACGAGGGAAUUGAAGAAGACGAACUCGCCUUGGACACGCCCGGCAUGGACGCUUCCGUAGGGCUAUUUGCGGUUCUGGGUGUUUGCAUAUGUUCAGGGCUGGCUGGAGUGUAUUUUGAGAAGGUCAUCAAGGAGUCUCCCAAAAACACGUCGCUCUGGAUCCGAAAUGUGCAACUAUCGAUAUAUUCUCUCUUUCCGGCCUUCUUUAUCGGAAUCGUCUUCCUUGAUGGCGAAACGGUGGCAAAGUACGGCUUUUUUGCGGGCUACAAUUGGGUGGUGGUUGCAUCAAUUGUCAUCCAGUCCUUUGGCGGCAUCGUCGCGGCGUUCUGCAUCUUUUAUGCCGACAACAUCUCCAAGAACUUUGCUGUUAGCAUCAGCAUGGUCCUCAGCAGUCUGGCAAGCUUCAUGUUCUUUGACUUUGCUAUGACCGGACAUUUUUUGAUUGGAGCCUCAAUAGUCCUCAUCGCCACUUGGGUCUACAAUAUCGAAGAAGCUCGACUCCUACAAACCCCGGCAGUCACAAUCAACGAGAAGGAGAAAUUGUCGCUCAAUGGUACAGCGGCGUUGAACGAUAUGUCGAUCCAGAUCCCCAAAACCCCUUUGAUUCAAGAGGAGACGGCCCUGGCCACUUCAAGACCGGGCUCACCAAGCCACAAAAAGAGGAAUAAGGAGCCUCUGGGUUAUUUUACGAAGCAUCGUGAUUGA